AACAAGAACGACGUCUGUUGUCAUUUUCCCUUGCUCGGACGAUAGCAAAAAAAAAAAAAUAUCCUUACCUGACCAUCAAAAGAGUGGGAUUUCGCUCUUCAUUUUCGUCUCUAAAUUAAAGUUAACAAUUUGAAGUAUUAAUUAAAUUUCCAAAAUGAUUAACGCUGCAUCUAGAGCAUACCUGCGAGCAUCCACUCAAGCAGUUUCCAACAGCUUAAAGCCAACUGUCCUAUCAACUACUGAAAAAAAAUCUGUAGUUGUGAGCAGUGCUCUGAACAAAAACGCUCCUUUGGCCACAAUUGUAGCUCAAACUGGAUUACAAACUGUAAGUCAAGUUCGAUGCGCCCACACUGACUUGCAAGUUCCAGAUUUCUCGCCCUACCGCCGAGAUGGAGUCAAGAGGGUUGACAGGAAGGAUGAUAGCUCCGAAAGUCGCAAGGCAUUCACUUAUAUGCUUGUGGGUUCGGGAGCAGUUGGUGCUGCUUAUGGAGCCAAGGCAUUGGUCACACAUUUUGUCAGCUCGAUGAGUGCAUCGGCUGAUGUCUUGGCCAUGGCCAAGAUUGAAGUUAAGUUGUCGGACAUCCCCGAGGGCAAGUCAGUGACAUUCAAAUGGAGAGGUAAACCCUUGUUCAUUCGCCAUCGUACAGCUAGCGAGAUUUCCGCGGAGCGUGGUGUUUCUUUAGCUGAACUCCGUGAUCCUCAAUCAGAUGAUCAACGUGUAACACGCCCAGAAUGGCUUGUUGUUAUUGGUGUAUGCACACAUUUGGGUUGUGUACCAAUUGCCAAUGCUGGUGACUUUGGUGGCUAUUAUUGCCCAUGCCAUGGUUCUCAUUACGAUGCUUCUGGUCGUAUUCGUAAGGGACCAGCUCCACUUAAUUUGGAAGUACCAAUUCAUGAUUUCCCAGAGGAUAAUAUCUUGGUUGUCGGUUAGAUACAAUUUGCAUCUAAAUAAAUGUUGAUAAUUAUUUAAAAAUUUGAAGAAAAA